AUGGGCCCUACCGCAGAUGUCGACAUGUUUGCCCCUUUCGAACGCGAUGUCAUCCUAGAGGUCCGGACCAGCAGGAUGAAGAUCAUGCUGGGCCUUGCCAUACAGAGUGGCAUUGACAAGGAAAUCCGUUCAGGAAAGGUUUUUGUGACCAAAACGGGGAUUGAAGAAGAUGAGCAUGACCUGACCUUUCACGGCGGCGUUGACAAAGCCAUACAUGGAUGCGAGUACUGCUCAUCUCACUACCCCAAGUGGCGCUCGGAAUUCCCUGAGGCAGCAGAGCGCUUUGAGCCAGGAGGCUUUGGGGAAAACUUCGUGACAAGCAAUAUGAAUGAGCGCAAUGUCUGCAUUGGCGACAUCAUGAGCGUCGGUAGCGAGGGCCUUUUGUUGCAGGUGAGCUUGCCUCGCCAGCCCUGCUUCAAACUGGGGCAUCGCUUCCAACUGAAGAACUUCGCACCACAUACUACAAAGCUCUCUCGCACCGGAUGGUACUACCGGGUUCUACGGGAGGGUUGGGUCCAGGCCGGCGAUGAGAUCAAGCUCGUGGAGAGGAAAUGGCCCAAGUGGACGAUCGAGCGGCUUCAGGAGUACCUCCAUCGCAAGCAGGAUAAUCAUGCCAUGAAUGAGGAGUUGGCAACGAUCGAGGACAUGGGAGAUGAAAGCCGAGGAAACUUCAAGAACCGCGUCGCGAAGCAAAAGGCCAAGGAGAAGCGGGAAGCCGGCGGCGUCAACGGUAAAGACGAAGACAAAUGGAUCCCUUACAAAAUUGUCGAAAAGAAGCGGCAAACACCCCGAAUCACAUCCUUUGUCUUCGAAGCUGUGACCCCUGAAACAGAAACGCCGGAAGAUGAGUUGGGUGGCCACGUGCGAAUCAAACUGCCCAAUGGCCUUGUUCGGUCAUACUCUAUAGCAAGGGGAAAUAAGAACCGCUUCGAGCUUGGAAUUGCCCUGGAGACCAACAGCCGCGGUGGAUCAGAAUACUUUCACAAGACGGCAGAGGAAGGCCACAUUCUGCCUGUGGGCCAUAUCACAACCGAUGUAGAACCGGCGGGACUGGCGAGCAACCACAUAUUCAUUGUUGGUGGCAUUGGUAUCACUGCCUUCUUGACAAUGCUUGAACUGUACCAGCGCAUUCACUACAACACAAUCCUCCACUACGCCGUCCGCUCCGCGACCGAAAUCCCCUUUCCCUCCCGCAUCACCAACCUAGGCGACCUAGUUCAUCUCUACGACGCCUCCAAAAACCAACGAAUGAACAUCCCCACUAUCUUCGCUACCCGAUCCUGGAACUCACACAUCUACGUCUGCGGCCCACGCCGUAUGAUGGACGAGGCCGCCGCCCAAGCCAAGCUCCACGGGCUGGGCGACGACGACGUGCACUUCGAGGCCUUUCAGGCCAACACGACGGGCGAUCCGUUUGCAGUCUCGGUCGCCAACCAGGGGAACGAGAAGUUAAGUGUUGGGGCGGAGGAGACGCUGCUAGAGGUGCUGAAGAGGAGGUUUGGCGAGGAUGACGUGCCGUCGAGUUGCGAGGUGGGGAAUUGUGGCACCUGUAGGGUUACGGUUAGGAGUGGGAGGGUCGAGCAUAGAGGGAGUGCAUUGGGGGAGGAGGAGAAGGGGGAGGGGGUGAUGUUGAGUUGUGUCAGUAGGGGGGUUGGGCCGAUUGUUAUUGAGAUUUGAUGGUUGGUAUCUGAUAGGGGGGGUGUUUCCGAUUCCAAGGGAUUGAGAUGACUACUGUUCCUGAGUGGUUGAAGUGUUCAAUCCUUCCCGAGGGCUCUGAUUCCCUAAUAGUCUGAAUUACUAUGGUGUCGUGCUAGUGUUUUCGUGCUUGCGAGGUCUCAAUUGGGCCAAAUUGUAUCAUACAUGUACGUUCAUGCUUUGGCAUGUGCGUGGGUCUCCAUAUCUCAUCUAAUUAUCCGUGUUGUGUC